UGAGAAACCGGAGCAGAAAUUUUCGGAAAAUUAACUAUAUUUUGUUUUUGUUUUUAUGGUCCAUGAUUUUUAAGUUUUUGACUUCAUUUCAUUAAUCGACGAAUGCAAAUUUAAUAAUCAGUUUCAGUUUCAGUGAUGACGGUAGAAUCGGAUCUUAUCGAUUCCCCAAUCCCCUGCGGCUGCGAUUAGCGAGCUCUGCAUUCUAUGGCCAUAGCCUUCUCCUUCUCGCUUCCCUUGGAUCUGCCACUGCCGCACCACCAUCGCCUCCUUCGCCGCCAUUUCAUACACCAUCAAACUUUUCCCUCUCUGCCCACUUCUUCUUCUUACCCAUUUCCCCGUUCCCUCAAACCUGAGAAUCACACCUUUAAAACCUCAUCAUUGAACUCCUCGCUUCUCGAAGACCCACUUCGGACUGGUCGAUUUCUCACCAACGACGAGUUCGAGAAGCUCAAGCUGCUUGGGGAUUUUAGGUAUUUUCAGGAAUUGGAAUCUGGGUCCCUCUCGGUUCGGGUUAUGAGGGAUGAUGAACUUGAUGCCACUGUUGGGUUGCUUGCUGAGUCAUUUGCAGAAUCCAUGCUCUGGCCUUCUGGGUAUAUUUCUUUGCUAAGAUUUUUGGUGAAACAGUAUUUGACCGAAAGGAGGGCUCUGAUGCCACACGCAGCCACGCUUAUUGGGUUUUACAAAGGCAAGGAUGAGGAUGAACAAAAACCUGAACAGUUGGCCGGCACUGUGGAGGUUUUCUUUGACAAGAGGGGUGCCAAUGCGUCUCCCCCUACACCCACUCCUCCCAAGAACUCGCCUUACAUAUGCAACAUGACAGUUAAAAAGGAGCUUAGGAGGAGGGGUAUUGGGUGGCAUCUAUUGAAGGCUGGCGAGGAAAUGAUUUCACAAAUGAGUACCUCAAGAGAGGUGUACCUGCAUUGUAGAAUGAUUGACACAGCUCCUUUCAACAUGUAUACGAAAGCUGGCUACAGCGUUGUGCAGACAGAUACCGUAUUGAUCUUGUUGAUGCUGCAGAGGCGCAAACACUUAAUGUGCAAGAAACUUCCUGCCAUGACCAUGAGCAGCCCUUCUGAAUCAGAUGUUCCAUUUUGUCUUGAAGAAUGAAUUUGGUAAAUGGUAUGGAGAACUUGUUUCAUAUUCUGCUGAGGUAGAUAACGCCAUCACAUAUUUACCUUCCCACUUUUACUAAUUUUUUUUUUCCUGUCUCCUCUUAAAAUCUAAGGAGCAUGUAAAAUUACUCUGUACAUAUUUGUAGAAUACCGACUAUAACUUCAAGAUCGUUUUUAUUAACUUCUUUCUUGAUUAUCUUUUUCUUGUUAAGAGGAUAUAUUUAUGAAAGUUGGGAUUCAAUAAUGCAAUGAUUA